AUGACUAGUUACGAAAAUGGUUCGGAAGCUGAACAAGAAGAUACAAAAUCCUUAUAUUCUGAACAUGAAGUAGACCUUGCUAGGAGAACACGUUUGGAAGAGACAAAUGAUGAAGGUAUACUAGAAGACAAUGUUGAAUGUGGCGUUAACGAAGAAUGGAGCGAACCUGAUAUUGCGCAAUGGAGGAGCUUGCUUCAAUUUUUGGAUAUUGACAAAGAACCAGAACAUAUACAGUUUUCGGACUUCGAAGGGAAGGAGUUUUCUGACGGGACUUUCCAAGUUGAUUACCAAUUAUUUGGCGAUUGUUUGGCUUUUGAUUCUACUUACAAAACCAAUAGGUACGAAAAGUCAUUAGUAAUACUACUUGGGUCUAAUAAUCAUGAAAAAACAUGUGUGCUUGGAGCUUCACUUCUUGAUAAUGAGACUUCAACCACAUAUGAUUGGGUAUUGCAAAUAUUUUUAGAGUGCAUGGGCGGUAAGAUGCCUUCAGCAGUUUUGACAGAUGGUUGCAAAGCAAUGAACAAAGCACUGGAUAAUAUUAUGCCCAGUGUUCCACAUUGUAUUUGCUCGUGGCACAUACUCAAAAAUGCAAUGCACCAUGUACACAAUAUAGCAUUCCAUCAAGAAUUGAAAUUUUUUAUUUUCAGGUAUUACAAGGAGGAAGAAUGGGAGGGUAAUUGGAAAGUGAUUGUGAAUAAAUAUAGAUUGACAGGAAAUGCAUUUGUGGAAGCACAAUAUGGCACAAGAAAGCAGUGGGCAGAUACUUUUCUUCGUGGUAUUUAUUUUGGUGGAGUUACUGCUACCGGUAGAUGCGAGUCUAUGAAUUCAUUCUUGAAAAGAUAUUUGAAAAAUAAAAUACCAUUUUGGAUGUUUAUACGACACUUUGACCAUGCUUUAUCUAUGUUAUGUUACAACGAGAUGAAAGAACACUACGAAACUAAUUUGACUGAACCAGUUUUGAACCAAACAAUUAUGCCAUGUGUGGAGGAUGAAAUUUCUUCAAUUUUCACAAGGAAAUUUUUUACAAGGAUAAGAAAGGAGAUACGACAUGGCAAUAAUUAUAUUGUCUUGAAGGACGAUAAGAUACCAGAUUACACUCUUUGUUUGGUCAAAAAAUACAUUGGUUCUAGAUUAAAGCGCAAAAAUUUGGAGAGAAGAAGUUUGCCAAUUUUUUUGGUAAAUAGACGUUGGCUAAAAGAUGCUAAAGAAGUUCAAUUGUUGACUCAAGGUAAUGAAAGAAAGUAUCCUCAUCUUGAAGUUAUUGAAAAUUCUAGGUACGAUGGUGUAACCACACAAACUACUAUCACAUCGUACCUUGCUAUAAGAUCACGAGAAGCAAUUCAAAAGGCUAUGAAAGUUGUAUCAGAGUUGAAUGCAGAAUUGGAAAAAAUGCCACCAGAUGAAGAGUUAAAACAUCCUCAAAAUGACGAAGAAGUGUUUCCUAAUAAUAUUUUGGACUCUCAGAUUAAAAAAAAACAAAAGGCAGACCAACUAUAG